AUGUCACAUGAACGCAGCACGCCAUCAUCAUCGGGGUCUGAGGAUUUUGCGUCCUCUCAGCCUACCACCCAACAAUUCACAUCGAGUUUAACGUUUGGAGGAGGAGAUUCACCUAUUACUAGAUUGGAGAGAGUAGCUAGAACAAGGGCGGAAUGGGAAUUCAAUGCAUUUGCGGGAGCGGUCGGUGGUUUUACUUCUGGAGUUGUCACUUGUCCACUAGAUGUUAUUAAGACAAAACUACAAGCACAAGGGGGUUUCAGAGCCGCACAAGGACUAGGGUCACUACCUGCGGGACAAGCGGUAUAUAAUGGUUUACUUGGAACUGGAAGAGUGAUAUGGCGGGAAGAGGGGUUGAAAGGAUUGUAUCGAGGCCUUGGUCCAAUUAUCCUUGGUUAUCUACCUACAUGGGCAGUUUGGUUUACGGUCUAUGGUAGAUCAAAACAGUUCUUUGGGCAUCAUACCGAUAACACGGUAGUGGUCAAUUUUUGGUCCUCAAUAAUUGCUGGAGCUUCAUCGACAAUGGUUACCAAUCCUAUCUGGGUAAUAAAGACACGUCUGAUGUCACAAGUCAGCCGCAAGGCAAAGAAUAACGGAGCCAGACCACCUUGGCAUUAUCGAUCAACUUUAGAUGCAGCAAAAGUGAUGUACAGGACUGAAGGAUUCCUAUCCUUUUAUUCUGGUCUGACUCCUGCACUACUUGGCUUGACACAUGUGGCUGUCCAAUUCCCAGCUUAUGAGUAUCUCAAGAAGAAGUUCACAGGCAAGGGGAUGGGAGAGUCAGCAGAAGGUGAUGAAAGUGCUCAUCUAUUUGGAGUAUUAUCUGCAAGCGUGCUCAGUAAGGUCAUAGCCAGCUCUACCACCUAUCCUCACGAAGUCAUUCGAACAAGACUUCAAACUCAACAAAGAUCCAUGCCAGCUGCUUCAACAGAAUAUGGCGCAUUUCGGGGAGGUCUAGAAGGACACUCCCAUCAACACGGGGCUUCCAGUCCCCUUGCUCAAAUCAAACAAGCGGUCCCCAAAUAUAGGGGCAUUGUGAUGACAUUUAAAACGAUAUUACGCGAAGAAGGAUGGAGGGCAUUUUAUGCAGGUAUGGGUACGAAUAUGAUGAGAGCAGUACCUGCGGCCACAACCACUAUGCUCACCUAUGAGUAUGUUAUGAAGCAUUUAAAUCAUGCCAAAGCAGAAGGAUUACGGAAAUCGGGAGAAGAUUGGUAA